AUGGGCUCCUCUCAAGCCCUGUCUGCCCUAGGCGGGCCGACCUAUACAACCGCCCAGAACCUUGUCCAGCAAGUAGCGUACGUCCUGAGUGACAAGAUCUUUUCUUACUCCCCUGAGUCCUUCGAUCUGGAUGUCGCUCUUCGCGAGUGGGCCGCCAACAAGGACCUGAACGCCAACGGCGAGGCGCCUGCGUUGAACGCCAUGGAAACCCGCCAUGGCGCCGGCAACAUCGCCCUCGGCUACCUCUUUUCCCAAGACUUCGACCUGAAGAAACGCCAUGUGCCCCAGGGCAUCGUCGCGUCGUCCGCCACGCUUCCCUUCAUGCGCUCCGCCCUGGAGCAGCUGUCCCUUCUGUACUCCGUCGCCAGCCCCGUCGCCGCGCACGUCGCCGCCGUCGACUAUGCCGGUGAGGAGGGCCUGGUCUCCGACUAUGCCUCCGCCUUGUCUCUGGCUGAGGAGUUGGGCCUCGGUCUCGUGUCCAGUGCCUCCGUCCACGAGACCCAGCACAUGGCGCUGUUGACGACGCUGCUGGCCUCCGUGCUGCCUUCCCUGCAUAUUUAUGAUGGCGUUCGGGUGGGUCGGGAAAACACUCGGGUCAUCGACGUCUUGGAUCAGGCGGGUCUCUCGCGCACCUAUGAGACCGUCCGCAAAACCCUGGAGGACUCCCGCAGCCGCCACCUGGACGCCCAGGGCAAGCUGUUGGAGUUGCUGCAGUCGCUUAACGGCGAAUUGGGCACCGACUACGGUCUCUUCGAGUACCACGGCCAUGCCGAGCCCCUGGCUGUCCUGGUGGCCUUCGGCACCGUCGAGGCGUCGAUGACCGCUCAGGUCGCUCGCUCUCUGGCCAAGGACGGCGUGCAAGUGGGUGUGGUCAACGUCCGCGUGUAUCGCCCCUUCGUGGAGGAGGAAUUCCUCCGUGUGCUGCCCCAGUCCGUCAAGACCGUCGGUGUGCUCGGUCAGGUGGACACCGCACAGGCGGUGCAGGAGUCCGGUGUCCGCUCGGCGCUGUAUGAGGAUGUCCUCGCAGCGCUUACCUUUGCCAACGGUCGCGAACACACGCCGGCGUGUGUCGACAUCAAGUAUCCUCGUUCCCAGCGCUGGGAUCUGAUCAGCACUGCGGCCGCCUUCCAGCUCUUCGUCGAGAAGCCCAUUGUGCAGGUUGAUAGCCAGACCACGCCCCUGCAGCUCCUCGACCCCACUAGCGUGCAGGAGUAUUCGUUCUGGGACGUCGACUCCUCGCGCUCCGCCGAUGCCGCCGCCACGCUCGCCCAGGCCCUGGCAACGGAUUCCGCCAGCAACGUCACCACGAGCCAGGCCCAUGACAACCUGGUCCAGGGCGGUGCCAUCCGCGUGGACAUCCGCAAGAGCGCCAAAACUCUGGAUGCGCCCUACGCCGUCACGGCGGCCGACACCGCCUACGUGGGCGACAUCAGUCUGCUGGGCGAUGUGGACGUCCUGGCGUCCGUCAAGGAGAACGGCAAGGUCAUCGUCAAUGCCCCGGGCGUCAAGGACGAUGAGCUGGAGAAGAAGCUCCCCGCCGCUUUCCGCCUCGCGGUUGCCGAGCGCGGCAUCUCGCUGUACCUCGUCGACCCGUCCGCCGUCGAGGCUUCCGCCGAGUCCCCGGUUGUCCAGUCCGCGUUCCUCCGGGUGGCCCUGCCUGCUCAGGAGAGCGCCGUCCUGCAGAAGCUGGGCUCGAUCGCUGGCAACGCCGAGAGCCUUCAGACCGCCAGCAACGACCUGGAGAAGACGCUGCGCAAGUUCGACACCCCCGAGGCGUGGAAGACCCCCGAGGAGGGCUUCCAGGCGCCCCAGCUGCCCAAGGACCUCUCGGCCAACAGCUUCGUGUCGUUUGACAAGUCCGAGACCGAGCCGCCCACCCUGCUCAAGGACUGGCAGACCGCCGCUAAGGGUCUGGCCUUCAAGGAGGCCUUCGGCACGCAGACGGUGCUCCGGCCGGACCAGGCCACCCAGACCUUCACCGUCCACGUCAAGGAGAACCGCCGGCUGACUCCCGAGACCUACGACCGCAACAUCUUCCACAUCGAGUUCGAUCUCGGCGACUCGGGCCUCAAGUACGAUAUUGGCGAGGCCCUGGGUGUGCACUCCGAGAACAACCCCAAGGAUGUCGAGGAGUUCAUCCAGUUCUACGGACUCAACGCCGAGGACGUGGUCGAGGUGCCCAGCCGCGAGGACCCGGCCGUUCUGGAGAACCGCACCGUUUAUCAGGCGCUUGUCCAGAACGUCGACAUCUUCGGUCGCCCGCCCAAGCGCUUCUACGAGACCCUGGCCGAAUUCGCUGCGGACCCCAAGGAGCAGCAGGACCUGCUCACGCUGGGCGGCCCCGCCGGCGCCGAGGAGUUCAAGCGCCGCGCUGAGGUGGACACCAUCACCUACGCGGACGUCUUGCUGCAGUACCCCUCGGCCAAGCCGGAUUUCCACAACCUGGUCCGCAUCGUCAGCCCGCUCAAGCGCCGCGAGUACUCGAUCGCCUCGUGCCAGAAGGUGACGCCCAACUCGGUGGCCCUGAUGAUCGUCGCCGUCACCUGGACCGACCCCCAGGGCCGCGACCGCUUCGGCCAGGCCACCCGCUACCUCAGCGGCCUGCGUCCCGGCAGCCCGAUCACCGUCAGCGUCAAGCCGAGCGUGAUGAAGCUGCCGCCGCGGUCGACCCAGCCGCUCAUCAUGGCGGGCCUGGGCACCGGUUUGGCGCCCUUCCGGGCGUUCGUGCAGCACCGCGCACUCGAAAAGGCGCAGGGCAAGGAGAUCGGCGCCGUCCUGCUGUACAUGGGCUCGCGUCACCAGCGCGAGGAGUACUGCUACGGCGAGGAGUGGGAGGCCUACCAGGAGGCGGGUGUCAUCACCCUGCUGGGCCGGGCCUUCUCGCGUGACCAGCCGGAGAAGAUCUACAUCCAGGACCGCAUGCGCGAGAGCCUGCCGGAGAUCGUCGACGCGUACAUCCGUGAGGAGGGUGCCUUCUACCUGUGUGGCCCGACCUGGCCCGUUCCCGACGUCACGGCAGUGCUGGAGGAGGCCAUUGCCACCGAGGCCAAGGGCCGGGGCAAGAAGGUGGAGACGCGCAAGGAGAUCGAGAAGUUGAAGGAUGAGGAGCGUUACGUGUUGGAGGUGUACUAG